CCAUAACAUUUUUCAAUUGAUAACACGAAAGUAGGCGUUUGUGAAUAAUUUUUUGACAAUAUCUUGAAAUGGGAAAGUAGUAGAUUGGAACAAUUUGUGAAACAUUGUGUAUUCAAGUGUUUUUUGUGAUAUUAAUUUAUAUAUUUAAAUAUCAACCAAGUACUAAAAGUCACGUUAUCUUUUGUGACCUGUGUUUCUGCUCUGAUAUAAAUAAUAUAAUAAAAAAAAAAUACGGGCUUAUAUUAAAAAAAAGUUAUUCCGUAAUAAAUUCUACAAGGCUUACAUUAAAAAAAAAAGUUACUCCUCGAUCAAAUUCUACAAGAAAUAUGUGAAAGUUAUAAAUUUUUAGUAAAUUAAAUAUUUGGAUUUUUGUUUUUUCAAUCAUGCAUAAAUGGCUAAAAAUAAAAAUUGAAUGGCUGGAUGACAAUCUAAUAUUGAAUGAUACAUAAGAAUCUAUUUACAGUAACGUAGUCGAUUGAUAUGCAGUGGACGCUCCAUAUUUCCUCAAGAUGGGUGCUGUAACAAAAGUAUUAUUUGUUAUAAUGCUGGCUCUAAUGUUGGAUUCCAACAAGACAGUAUGUGGCCAAACUACGGACACAGAAGCCAAUGAUUCCAUGGAGACGACGGAUCAGCUUGUUACAUCAACUGAACGUUACUCCACGUCUUGUAAGACAGGCAAGGGCCUCGGCGGCGAGUGUGUGGAGCGAAGAAGGUGCGACUUCAGCACUUCCAACAUCGACUUCACGCUGUAUUGGCACUACAGGGAACCGAGGAUGUGCGCUCCAAACGAAGUGUGCUGCCCAUUAGAGUUUGUGCUGCCGCCGGAGCCUCCCGCCAAGGAAGAGGAUACGAUACAAUUCGACAAAGAUGAUUAAAUUUUUGUAAACAUUA